UCUGAUCCUUCCGGCAUGGAGGGGUUCAGUGACAAGCUUUUCUGCUGCAGGUGGUUGCGCAACAUGGUUCCGUUGGAACACCGCGAGGAACUGUACCACAUCCUGAGGAUGACAGGGCCUCUGCUGCUCUCUCGAAUCCUCAAUUACCUGCUUCCAUUUGUGGUUACAAUGUUCUGUGGGCGUCUGGGAAAUGAAGUGAUGGCCGGCUAUGGAUUAGCUUCUGCUACUAUUAAUGUCACCACUACAGCAACAGGAUGUGGUCUGGGACUAGCAUGUGAUACUUUGGUGUCUCAGACUUUCGGUGGUAAGAACCUGCUGCGGGUGGGAGUGAUCCUUCAGCGGGGCAUCAUCAUCCUGCUCUUGUUCUGUCUGCCCUGCUGGGGUCUGCUCAUUAAUGCCCAGGCCAUCCUGUUAUGCUUGGGCCAGGACCCUGAGGUGGCCAGAAUAGCCCAGCUGUAUAUUACAGCCUUCCUUCCUGCUGUACCAGCAAUGUUUCUACAUCAACUUCAGGUGUCUUACCUGCAGAACCAGGGUAUAAUAAUGCCACAAAUGUACACUGCUGCCAUGGCAAACAUAGCAAAUGUGGUGACGAACUACGUCUUUCUUCACUGGCUGGAUCUGGGAGUUGAUGGAUCUGCAGCAGCCAAUGCUCUGUCUCACAUUUACAUCUGUGCUUUUCUGUUUGCUUACAUUUGGUGGAAGAAGCUCCAUGUGAAAACAUGGGGAGGAUGGUCUGUAGAAUCAUUGCAGGAGUGGGGCUCCUACAUGAAACUGGCCAUUCCCAGUACAUUAAUGACUUGUUUUGAGUGGUGGGUUUAUGAGUUUGGGGGAUUCUUUGCAGGAAUGCUGAGUGAAGAUGAGCUGGCAGCCCAACAUGCUGUGAUAAUGGUGGCAUUCAUAACCUACAUGUUUCCUAUGGGUGUUCAAGGUGCAGCAUGUGCCCGAGUGGGUAACGCCCUCGGGGCAGGAGACACUGCUAGGGCAAUUCUCACCAGCAAGAUGUCCCUCGCUCUUGCAGGCGGCUUCGCAAUUGUUGAAGGUCUGGUUCUUGGCUCCACUAAAACAGUGAUUGGCUGCAUCUUCACCUCUGAUGAGAAGAUCAUAGGUCUGGUCUCGGACCUGAUGAAUGCCUACUGCUUCCUUCAGUUCUUCGAUGGUCUUGUGUGUGUGUGCACUGGCAUCUUCUUGGGCGCGGGCAAACAGAAGAUACCAGCUGUUGCUAAUCUCAUUGGAUACUACUGCAUAGGACUUUCACUGAGUGUUACUUUAAUGUUUGUUGCAAAGAUGAGAGUUAUGGGUUUUUGGCUGGGGCUGCUUGUUUGUGUCAUCUUACAAUCCACCUUCUACAUCAUUGUCAUCUCCAAGCUGAACUGGAAGAGGAUGACAGAGGAGGCCUUGAAGCGAGCUCAGAAAAAGACACCCGAGACGUUAAGUGCAGCUGCUCUGUCAGACGCUCUGGGUGACAACACUGCUGACCAGACAGCAAGGAAUGGGAAUUCAAUGCUUGGCUACAUGUCUGUGAGAGCGGAGGUGAAGGGAGGUCGUCUUUCCACCACCCAGCUGGUCCUCAGGCGAGGCCUCACUAUGUUUGCGGCAGUUUCACUUCUGGCUGUGGGAGCGAGUGUGCACUUCCUUGUGCCCCUGCCAGAGACGCUGCCUUCAGAGGCCAACUUUACUAUGGACUGGAUCAAUACUACAUACACUCCUGAUCAAAUUUUCUCCACUGUGCUGGUCCCAAUAGAAGAGUCAGCAUAACCUUGGGAGCCUUGAUCAUGAAAUCAUUGAUCGCGGUCAGUGUCGUAAAAGCAUUGGAUUUUAGACUCUCAUGGACUCAUUAUCUUUGAGUAGCCCAGGGCUAAACUGUGACAAAUUGGCUGAAAAGUGAAGUGAAUUAAUAUUUUGGUAAUGAUAACAUGUUUAUUUAAGAGACAAAUUCAUUCUUUCAUCACUUUCUUCUUUUUUUUAAUUCAAAACUCAUCUCUGGUCU